UGGCUCGGGCAGGCUGUGCGAGGCGGCGGAGCAGGCGAUGAAGAAGAAGCAGCAGCAUCCCGGCGGCGGCGCGGAUCCCUGGCCCCAUGGGGCCCCUCUGGGGGGCGCCCCUCCGGGCCUGGGCAGCUGGAAGCGCCGGGUCUCCCUGCUGCCUCUCCUGCGCUUCUCCCUCCGGGACUACGGCUUCUGCAUGGCCACCCUGCUGGUCUUCUGCCUGGGCUCCCUCUUCUAUCAGCUCAGCGGGGGACCCCCUCGCUUCCUGCUCGACCUGCGGCAGUAUUUGGGAAAUUCCACUUACUUGGAUGAUCAUGGACCACCUCCUAGUAAGGUGCUACCUUUCCCCAGCCAGGUGGUGUACAACAGAGUAGGCAAGUGUGGGAGUCGUACUGUGGUCUUGCUUCUGAGAAUCUUGUCGGAAAAGCACGGAUUCAAUUUGGUCACGUCAGACAUUCACAACAAAACCAGGCUUACUAAAAAUGAACAAAUGGAACUGAUUAAAAAUAUAAGUACUGCCGAACAGCCCUAUUUAUUCACUCGACAUGUUCAUUUCCUCAACUUCUCAAGGUUUGGAGGAGACCAGCCUGUCUACAUCAACAUCAUUAGAGACCCCGUCAACCGGUUUUUAUCUAACUAUUUUUUCCGUCGAUUUGGAGACUGGAGAGGGGAACAGAAUCACAUGAUCCGCACCCCCAGCAUGAGGCAGGAGGAGCGCUACCUGGAUAUCAAUGAGUGCAUUCUUGAAAACUAUCCUGAGUGUUCCAACCCCAGAUUAUUUUACAUCAUUCCAUAUUUUUGUGGACAGCAUCCCAGAUGCAGGGAGCCUGGUGAGUGGGCCCUUGAAAGAGCAAAGUUGAACGUGAAUGAAAACUUCCUGCUUGUGGGGAUUCUCGAAGAGUUGGAAGACGUGCUGCUUUUACUGGAAAGAUUUUUACCUCAUUACUUCAAGGGUGUGCUCAGUAUCUACAAAGACCCAGAGCAUAGGAAACUUGGAAAUAUGACUGUGACCGUGAAGAAGACUGUCCCCUCCCCCGAAGCCGUGCAGAUUCUCUACCAGCGAAUGAGAUACGAGUAUGAGUUCUACCACUACGUCAAAGAGCAGUUCCACCUGCUGAAGCGCAAGUUUGGACUGAAGUCCCACGUCAGCAGGCCCCCUCUGAGACCCCAGUUCUUUAUUCCAACUCCACUGGAAACCGAGGAGCCAAUCGAUGAUGAGGAGCAAGAUGACGAGAAGUGGCUAGAAGAUAUUUAUAAGAGAAACCAACAAGUCUCUCUAGAGUUUUUUCUUCGUUCACUAAAACUGGACGGUAGCCAAGAUAUAAAGCAAGUCCUUUGGAACCUGUCGAGUGAGCACUAAAUCUACUUUAUCAUGAGAUGUACUGAGAAGGCUCCGCCCCACAGGAGUCCAGCGAAGGCUGGGACCACAGAGGCACAAAAUCCAGCAUUUGGCCACUGGUGGGCCUCCUUUCUGCCUCAGAGAACUGGGGCAGAGACGUGCUUAAGAAAAAUGUUCUUAGAAGAGGAAAUAUCCUUUGUCCUGUUGAGAGAGGCCAGGGCCCUACCAUUAGGCCUACCUUAAAAAGCAACACAGAGAACCGCUGUCCUAUUGAAAACAAAAACAAGAACGACAGCCUGGUACAUGGUGAGUCAUUUCUCUGAAACUGCACAUAAAGAAUGAUAAUUAGUUCACACACUGUGCAAGCUCACUCUCUGAAAAUAAAAUUGAAUUGGCUUCGUGGUUUCUCUUUGUCAGAACAUCAGGACCACUGGUCAUGUUAGCAAUGCAUCAUCCUCCGAGUUCACAUGAGCACUGGGUGUCCAAAGGCAUUUAUUGUCAGCAGUGAUCCUGAUAACAUCCCAGCAAAAGAUGCUGACGGAUUCACUUGCAGGGCCUUACUGUUACUCUGUCCCAACAAAUAGCCUCUACAUCCUGAUAGUCAAGGCACUUCAUCAGUUUAUUGGCACACAUGACAACAUUUCUUUGGCCCUGAGCCCAACGCAGUUUGUACUUCAUGAAAUAUAUUGUACAUUUUACAUAGUUUAAUUUAAAAAAUACAUUUUAAGCUGGUUGAUCUUUGACUGCCUUAUUUAUUAUAACCUUUCAGCACAUUCCAAGGUUUUAGUUACUCAGGAAGGAGUUAAUUAAAAUGAUUUUUAUUUUGGUCUGAUGGAUGUUUUUUAAAAGGAAAAUUAUUAUUAUGAACCUUCAGCCUACUUUCCUUGAGUGCCGUAAAAGUGCUUGUACAUCUUUUUUUUUUAAGAAGAAGAAAGAAAAAAAUGGUGUUUGACAUGGAUGGAAAUUCAAAAAUAUAUAUGGAACUGAAACAUUAGCUUAGCUAAAAUAAAAGCAAUCUGUGUUUGAGAUGAAGUGUUCCUUAACUUAUUCAUUAUCCAUAUAAAUAAAUGAAUAUAAAUAA